AACCCACAUUUCGCGCCGCGACGUCUCCUAGUCAAUUAAUAGAAAGAGAGCUCAGUCAAGAGGCUUCCGAUCAAGAUAUGCAAAAGCACUGGAACCUGGACUGAUCGACGUGAUCUUCCGGCUGUUGGGACAGAAGUGAGGACAAUUCAGCCAAAGCGAGAUCAGUGGCACUAUUCAAAAGGGUCAAGUUUGGUGAAGUAUCUCAAUUUAUGCAGCAAAGCUGUUCAUCGCGCUGCGUCAGAACUUUAAAAGCCAGAGAAGCAAUCCGAAGUGGCUCAGUUAGUGAGAAUGGCAGAAGUGAGACACAUUUCAGACUUGAGCUAUGAGGAAAAGAUUGUCUUCCUCCGAUCCUUCGACACUAUCAUGACGGAUUGUGAUGGAGUUCUCUGGAGUGCUCUUCGCGAUAUUCCGGGCAUUGGAGCGGCCCUAAAUGCUCUAGAAGCAUCUGGCAAGAGAAUCAUCUACGUGUCCAACAAUAGCACUCGACCAGCCGAGGAAUACAAGGAGAAGAUCUCAAAACUGGGAGUUCAGUUCAAAUACGAGAAUCUCGUGCAUCCCAUGCUCUCAAUCAUCUACUAUCUGAGGAAGAUCAACUUCCAGGGUCUGAUUUACGUGAUCGGCACGACGCACACGAAGAACUUGAUUCGCGAGGCGGGAUUCAAAGUCCUCGACGGGCCGAACGGUGAGGUUGAGGAGGAUUAUAUGAAGUUGCUGAAGCGUGUUCACGAUGGAGAGUCAGUGAAGAUGGUUAUUUUUGAUAAUGACUUGAACUUCAACUACGCUAAAUUCAUGCGAGCCGAUCUGUACCUGCAGAAUCCCGAGUGCAAACUUAUAGUUGGCGCCAAUGAUUACCGAUUGCCAGUGUCUCAGGACUUUGAUUUGCCCGGUCCUGGUCCUUUCGUGGACGCCAUGCUGUCAAGCUUGGCUCCUGGCAAGAAGCCCAUCGUACUCGGGAAGCCCGGCAAGGAGUUAGGAGAAGUCCUGAAGGAGCAAUUUGACAUUAAAGACCCGAAAAGAGUGCUUUUCGUCGGCGAUAUGAUCAACACGGAUAUUAAAUUCGCCCGAAAUGUUGGCUUUCAGUCGCUUUUAGUCCUUUCCGGCGGAACUUCGCGGGAGAAAAUGCAGGCCAACAAGGAUGACGGCGUCAUUCCUGACUUCUUCGCUGACUCCCUGGCAGAUUUACGGUCAGUUUUUCAUGGUUUAGCAAUGAAUUAGUGAAAGUUGUCUUACAAAAGGAUGUUUAGAAGUUAAGCAAGUAAAAAUAUGUGUCACUGAAAGUUCAUUCUCGAUUCCAUUCCAAUGAAAGUAAAACGCAGAAGCAAUAAUAUAGAAAUUCCUCCUUAA